UCCUGCCUGUAUAGGCAGCAAAUCUAGGCGUUGGAUUUCGGACGCCUAAGCCUAAAUUUGCUGUCUGGUUUAGGGUUCGAACCAAACGAGCUCUUAGAAUUUGGAUUCGUAAUUGAAACUAUCUGUAGGAUGAUGACAUCAGAUGAAACCAUUAAUCAACUAAUGCCAUCGAAUCUUAAAUUAAACUAAUUUUAAGGUAUCAAUUUCGAAAGUUAAAAAAAAGAAGAGAAAAGAAAACAAGAGCCAAGAACUCAAGUAAAGAACAUCCCAUGCACCCAAAACAUUUGCAAGGCCCGGACUCAGGCGUCAGGAUCGCUUCGUAACCGCCUGAUUAAUCCUUCCCUCCUCCAAGGCUUUCACCUCGCGGGUUAAUCCCAAUUGGGUUGGAGCGCAACCCAAUUGGGGGUUAAUUGGGAUUGAUACUCCGAGGCUGCCCAUCUCGUGUUCUUUGAUUGGCAAGGCGAAUCGGCUGGUUUGUUGCAGCUUCCUGAGUAGAAUCAUGAAGCUGAAAAAUAGCGCAGCGGAGAUGUUCAGGGAUAACGAUAUGCUUUUCACUUCCGAAGGAAAUUUUGGCGCGAGACAAGUGCAAGGCGAUUAUGGUUUUAGGCCAAAUCAACUAGCUGCUGUUCAGACGAGAUGCAAAUGGAUUAUUGGAGAUGUAACUGAGGUGUUGGAUCGAAACACAUGGAAGCUUGGCAAAAUUUUAAAGAUGCUAAAGAACAAUUACUUCGUUAUCAGGCUUGCUGAUUGCAUCCAACUGAAAGAGUUUCACAUAUCUAGCUUGAGAAUUCCACAUGCUACUGGUACUCCUCAUAGCAAUCAGUAUCCUGCAGCAGAUAAGGUCACCGGACGCGGUAAACGACAGCCUGCUGAUCGCACGUUGCCUCGCUCAAAGGCUGUGCCGCAAAUGGGCCAUCAAACAUACGAACGGGCAAGCAAUGGCAAGAAGAGGAAAGCAGCCGCGGAUGCCUCUCAUCGUCUGAGCAAGCGAACACAGCCUCCACAGGUCGCCACGGUUUCCAACCUGAACGGCGCCAUGGCUGACAGCUACCUGCACAGCCCUUCACAGGUCAGAGACGAGGCUGAAUGCUCGGUGGCCAGCUGCAGCGUGAACGAUCCGGAGCAUUUCUACAACGACAGCAAGCGCCAGGCUGCCGCUGGGCUCGCGAGCUGCUGCUUCCCUGACGACGCCAUGUCUGCGUGCGCGCGCCCAUGCACGUCCGGGAGGGAGGCAGAAGACCAUGGUGACGAGGAGCCGGCGGCGGGCGUGGACAUCCACGUGCUGGAGCUGGCUGCGUACCGGUCGACGAUGCGGGCGCUGUACGCGUCGGGGCCCCUGACGUGGGAGCAGGAGUCGCUGCUGACCAACCUGCGGUUGUCCCUAAACAUCUCCAACGACGAGCAUCUGCUCCAGCUGAGGCGCCUCUUGUCUUCUUCGUGAUCUUUUCUAGCCUUCUCCAGCGUCAGGUGAUUGCUAGUUAUACACGCAGGGUGUCGCGAAAUGGCGUCGUGUUCUGCCAAGCUCUUGUUUUUCCUGUUCUUGCGUGCAUGGUUCUCCGUCUUGUCUGGUCCAAGUAGAAUCGUUAUAUCAGCGUCGAGAUACAUAUAUAGAGAGAGAAGUCUGCAUCUUUGUCAUGUCUUGUCUGUCCUGGAUAUCUUUCCUGUAAAUGUGAACAUAUUUUGUUUCACUGACAGUACCAUCCAGUAAAAAAUCUUGUCUACCUGUU